CCCAUGGCCCAGGCAUUAAUCAAAUCUCUCUCUAAUAAUAAACCCCCCAAGCCAUGCACAGGUUGGGAGCUGGAGCUCGCGGUGCAAUGGCAGAAGCUGAGAGGGAGUAGAUACCACAGAAGAGUUGAACCCAUGGAUGGGAUGCACAUCAGGCGGGGUGCCAAGAACAACUGCACCGACCAGGAGUACUGGGACAUCCUCGUUAGACAGUGCAUCCCCUGCAGCCUCCUAUGCAGCCAGCACACAGUGAGGAGGUGUGCUGCCUUGUGUGAGUCCAUGAACUGCAACAGCAAAGCCGGCUUCUACUACGACAAGCUCCUAAAAGAAUGCAUCAACUGCACCGCGAUCUGCGGGCAGCACCCGAACCAAUGCGCCUCAACCUGUGAAACGGGUGUCCUGGUGGGCACCCCCAAUCCGCCAGCCACCCUAGUCACGGCUUCGCCGUCCGUCGCUGUGCUGGAGCGGAAGGUGUGCGUGGAGCAGGAUCCGUGGCUGGUGGUGUACCUGCUGCUGGGGUUCUGCCUCUGCACCCUCCUCUGCUCCCUGCUGCUGGGCUGGACGCACCUGCGGAGGAAGGGAGAGGUGGUCUCCUGCCAAGCCAGUGCUGGGACCUGCCACCGCAAGGAGGACUCCUGCAAAGAUCGUCUGGUGGAAGCAGGCAGCUUUGGGGAUGGAUCCACCGGCAGCAAGGUCCCAGAGCCAGUGGAAACCUGUGGCUUCUGCUUUCCUGGGCACGGCUCUGCUGUACAAGAGACCAAAUCAUGCCACAGCACCUCCUCUCACAUAGUGGAAAGAGUGGCUCCCUCUCACGCUGGGAUAUGCAGCAUGGGAAGCGCUGGGGCCGUUCCCAGCCGUGACGAUGGCCACUUCAAAAUCAUAUGUUCUCCUUCACAAGAGAAGACGCCCAUGGCGUGACCGUAGUGAAUGUUCCUGCAUAGAAUCAGAAAGGAGGGAUGCUCCCACUGCCCCCAAAACACAGCUGCUCCACCCUCCGUUUCCAGUGACCACAACGGCUUCCACCAGGACCACCAGACCCGGCACAGUCUUUGCCCGAGGGCUGUAGGCUAUGGCCAGGGCUGUGGAUUAUGGACAGUGCUGUUUUCUUCCAUUCAGGAAAUGUAAUUCUCAUUCUUGUGCAUUCCCAGUGACAGAAGUUGCUUCCCAUUGAGCAGUGCCUUCAUCCUCCGCCUUGACCUUCGCAGACUCUUCUGUGCAUCCCAGACGUUGGGAGCAAUGUCUCAUUGGGCGUUUCAACCUGGUUCCACCAUCAGCGUCACUUCGCCUCUGCAAAGAAUGUUGAUGCAGAGGCAGAAUCAGAUCGUGGUGUCCACUGGCUCCCAAGGACAGCACACCUUUCCCUGCCUGAAAACUCCACUGUGUGACACGAGCAGUUUACACGCAGAGCUGCGAGUGUCUCAAACACGGACUCAGACCCAGGAAGUUAUUUAUGGAAGCUACAAUGUUCACUGACUGCCACUACCAUGCUCUCAAGAGUGGUGUGUUUACUGACUUUAACAGAGGUUUCUUUACAGGACAGGGUAUUUCAUAGAAUCAUAGAAUCACCAGGUUGGAAAGGACCCACUGGAGUCCAACCAUUCCUAACACUCCCUAACCCAUGCCCCUCAGCACCUCAUCCACCCGUCCUUUAAACACCUCCAGGGAAGGGGACUCCACCCCUUCCCUGCGCAGCCUCUGCCAGUGCCCAAUGACCCUUUCCAUGAAAAAGUUUUUCCUGAUUUCCAGCCUGAACCUCCCCUGGCGGAGCUUGAGGCCAUUCCCCCUUGUCCUGUCCCCUGUCACUUGGGAGAAGAGCCCAGCUCCCUCCUCUCCACAACCUCCUUUCAGGUAGUUGUAGAGAGCAAUGAGGUCUCCCCUCAGCCUCCUCUUCUCCAGGCUAAACAACCCCAGCUCUCUCAGCCGCUCCUCGUAAGACUUGUUCUCCAGCCCCUUCACCAGCUUCAUUGCUCUUCUCUGGACACACUCCAGAGCCUCAAAAUCCUUCUUGUGGUGAGGGGCCCAGAACUGAACACAGUACUCAAGGUACAGUCCCACCAGUGCCGAGUACAGAGGGAGAAUAACCUCCCUGGACCUGCUGGUCACGCCAUUUCUGAUACAAGCCAAGAUGCCAUUGGCCUUCUUGGCCACCUGGGCACACUGCUGGCUCAUGUUCAGCCGCUGUCAACCAACACCUCCAGGUUCUAGGCAGCUUUCUAGCCAGACUUCUCCUAGCCUGGAGCACUGCACAGGGUUGUUGUGCCCCAAGCGCAGGACCCAGCAUUUGGCCUUGUUAAACCUCAUGCCAUUGGUCUCGGCCCAGCGGUCCAGCCUGUUCAGAUCCCUUUGCAGAGCCUCCCUACCCCCCAUCAGAUCCACGCUUCCACCCAGCUUAGUGUCAUCCACAGACUCGCUGAGGGUACACUCAAUGCCUUCAUCCAGGUCAUUGAUAAAGACAUUGAACAGGACUGGACCCAGUGCUGAGCCCUGAGGAACUCCACUUGUGACUGGCCUCCAGCUGGAGUUAAGUCCAUUGACCACCACUCUCUGGGCCCGACCAUCCAACCAGUUUUCAACCCUUGUUGAACCCUUGUUAUUUGGUACAACACAACAUGGAAAGAUCCAGAAACCAGCCUGGCAAUUCUCCGUAUCAUUAUCCUUGUGUUUUGCCUUUCAUCUCCCCUCCCUGUUCAGCGACGUCUCUGUCCCGCAGCAGCACGAGGGAUGGGGUUUGUAUUGUGCUGCAUUUGCAUCCAAAGGGAGAAAAAAAAGCCUUUCCAAAACUGAGAUGUUGUUCUAUUCAGAUGGGUCUCCUGAACACAGUGGGUGAGCAGACACCGCCCCACAGGGCAAUGGGGAGAGCAAGCGCUCCCCCCUGUGUGUGGAGAACAGGACACUGACCACGGCCAUGAGCAAGGGUGCAGUGACAGCGGCAUUCUCCGCCUGCUGAGCCUCUCACUCGCUCUCGGCACUCACCCUCCACAAUCUGCCUCCCACUCUCAAAGCCUGAAGACCUUCUUGGCCUCCCCACCAGCUCAGCCUCCCACUCCCUCUUGGCAUUUCCUCUCACACAGCCACAACACAGUCCCACCUCCCCCACCCCCGGGUCCUCCAAGUCAUCAUCUUCAUCAUCACCACCUUCCACAGGCCCAGCUCCUCUCAUUUCCCUUCUGUGCAAUCUGUUCUGACAGCCUCUGGCCUCGGUCUCUGUGGUCUCCGGUCCUGUGGCCUCCUGCCCCACAGCCUCAGCUCCCACAGUCUCUGGAACCACCGCCCCAAAUCCUGUGGUACCAUCAACAUCCCAGCUCCUCCAAAACUCCAAAACCUUUUUGGCCCCAGAAGCCACCUUGGCCCCUGCACAUGCUCAGCUUCAACCCUUGCUUUGCCUCCCACCCCCUUUUGACUUCCCACUCUUCCUUGGCCUCUAGCUUUGCUCAGACUCAACUCUUGCUCGGCCUCCCACCCCCUCCUGGUCUCCCGCUCCCUUUUGGCCUCCCAUCUCACUCAGCCUCAACCCAUCCUCAGCCUC